AUGGUUUAUUUAAGGAAACUGUUUCAAGAUCGCGGCUCGUCGAGGCCUACCACACGCCCUGGGUCGACAGUGGAGCAGGAAUCCAGUAUGAGGGAGUUGUAUACUCGUGACAGCUAUGGAGGCCAUUUAUCCCCCGGCCCGCCCUCUCCAGCAACCCCCUCGGCUAGUCGCAGGAUCUCACGGGCUUUAGAUGCCUCCCAUCACUUCGAGGACAUCGAAAGACAAUUCGAAGAUCUACAUGAGCAUUUGGCUGCUCGACCCCAGACAUCCCAAUCAUACCUGCCCAUGGAGAAAGAACUUCCCCAACUUCCCAGCCGCCCUAAGCUGCGACAUAUCGAUCUCAUGGAGGCGAUUCUUGCACCUGAUCGGUCCCCAGAGCCUAGCCAUCAGCUCCAACCCCCACCUACAAGCCCCUAUAAUGAAGACGUUGCGGAAAGAAACAUGACUCGGUUCCUGCGGCUUCAAUAUCGAGCUGGGACCAAGAGCGCGGGAAUAUUACCGAAUUUCUACCAAGAGGAUGUUGCAGACCGUAACAUUGCACAAAACUCGAAACGUUCAAUGUCAUCUUUGAGCCUCCGUUCGUCGCCGGCUGCACCUGGCAGAGUGCGCAAUUUGAGUAGAGACUCACGGAAGCAUCCCAGCAAGCCUAAUUGGACUUCGGAGAGUGACCUCCGAAAUCGAUCUGAAGCUGCAAGGGGAUCUUGGGUACCGCAAAAGAGGGGCCCGGUCCGGGCACAGCGGUCGGAACCCACCCUGUCUACAGUCAAAGCCAAUAAAUCGCCUGGUUCGUCGUCGCUGCGCUUGGGUGUUCCAUCAGAACACAGGCAAGGCAGCUCAUGGAGCAGGACUCCGUUACCAGAUAGCCCUACCCUGCCAGUUCAUGUCAAUGGUAGUGGAUCUCCAGUUGCUCAGUCACCUGUUCCUCUCACGGCUCGAAAGUCUUCUUUGAACUCUAAACCUCGAUCUCCGUCUGCUUCGUCGGGCUCGGUUUCAAGAAAAAAUGUGAGAGAUCUAUCGAUCAAUACUCAACUGGCCGCUACAGGCCGGCCAAAGAUGACGCAUAAGGCUAUCCAACCUCCCACUCCUUCCACCGUCGACCUAAAACGGGCCCCAAGCAUAGCAGAGGUGUUGAACAGCCCAUUGCCUGCCCCAACUCCAACAGACCCAACACCUUCACCCCGAUUCAAAGCCUCAGAAAUGAUGGAACUAUUCACCAAAGCUUACAUGUCUACUCAGUCCAUGAGUCCUCAUCCAACCUAUGAGACUCUGCAGGAUGCAAUCGUUCGUGAAAUCAACUCGCAUGAGGCUUUCCAGCAUGUGCCUAUCUCUGCUACUAAAGGGCCUCUUUUCACGCCGUCACAUACCACGACUUUCGAUGAGACUGAAAAGGAAAAAUUGGACCGGAAUGCAUCUGCUAAGCAGACGACCAAGAUCAGAACCAAGGGCUCCUUCAAAAGGCCGAAGCGCAACUCUGAAUCUGGUCGCAGUAUAUCCAGUAUUGUGCCAUCCAAGAGUUACGACAAAAUCAUCCGCCGGGUUGCAUCAUCUCCUAGACACCGCCGGCAUACAGAUGCCCCUGCUCCGUCGCCAAGCCUAGUAGCCGAUUCUCAGACACCACUUCCAGCGGCAAGUAAACCGAACAAAGGCCAGCCACUCACCUAUAUGGACGUUCUUGCUCGUGCUAGCAGCACAAACAAGACUACAAACUCUCGUCAGCGAGGUAAUUCGGAGUCAGCUAGUAAUUCCGUUCUACCUUCUCGGACUACGAAGGCAGAGGCUGCUGUACCAAGUCGACGAGUGUCGGGGACGGUGUAUUCAAUGCAAGCACACUCGACGCCUUCAAAAGACAGCAAGAGUAGCCUGUCAAUUGAUGAGAGCGACGACGACAUCAUCCAUCUUCCCAGCGUGGGUGUUACGCCUCCCCGUGUGCAAAUCGAGGGCGUUGACCUAAACAACGUCCACUACAUGGUUGAAGCAUCUACUCCCACCGAGGCUCAAAAGCUCAUGAAUUGGCCCCAGCGUGAACGAUCUGGAAACCAUCCUCCGCAGAGACUUGGCCCUAUUGCACGUGCCAGAAUGCAGCUUCGCGGGACACGGUCCGUCGAGACAUAUUAA